AUGUCUCAACAGCCUAGGCACUGGUUAAUGAAAGCUGAGCCCGAUUCUCGUGUCGUAAAAGGCAGAGAUGUCAAGUUUAGUGUCGACGAUUUCGAGGCUGCGGGGACUACACCCUGGGAAGGCGUUCGGAAUCAUGAGGCGAAGAAUCUCAUGAAGAGCAUGAAAGCUGGGGAUAAGGUUUUGUUCUAUCACUCGAACUGCAAGACCCCCGGCAUCGCAGGUCUCGCAGAGGUGUCGAAGGAGGCGUACCCCGAUUAUACAGCCUGGGAUGUAAAGCAUCCAUACUUUGACCCUAAAUCAGAUGAAAAAGAGCCGAAAUGGUAUAUGGUUGACGUGAAAUUUGUCUCUCGGGCACCGCACUUCGUUCCCCUGGCGCUCUUGAAAACCAUCGCCGGCGGGGACUCGUCAGAUCCCCCAGACGAGAUCGGCUACAUCGGGAAGCAGGGCGUCAAGGCUAUCAAAGAAAUGGCUCUUGUCAACCGAGGACGACUGAGCGUGCAACCUGUGGAGGAGGGAGCUUGGGAUGUUGUCAAGUUACUGGCAGAAAAGGGUGGUUGGACAGAAGCUGCUCUCGGAAUCAGUACAAAAGGCAAAGGGAGGGCAAAGACUACAGCGUCAGACAAACCAAAGCCAAAGCCAAAAACCAAAUCAAAGAAGGAGAAGCAAGCUGACGAGGAUGAAGAGGUUAGCGAGGAUGAUCCUAGGGAUGGGCAGAUGAAGUCGUCUGCCAUCAAUUCCAAGGGGAAGAAACGGAAGGCAAAGGACGAGGAUGAGGUUCACGAUGAUUCGCAGCCUUUGCGGAGAUCUACGCGUGCAAGAAACGGGCCGACAUCGCGCCCGACACCCCAGCCAUCCCUCAUGAGCAGCACAGACGCUGCACCGACAACUUCUUCCGAACCACCCCCACAGGAACUUUCAAAGCCCCAGCCGAACCCCCAAGACCCAUCUUCACCCUCAGCCACAACCGUUCCGUCUUCCGAUGUGGCCCAAUCCGAACCGGAGACAUCUCCUGCCGUCGCGCCCUCCGAUGUCGACCCUAUCACUGUCGUAGCCCCCACCAAUGUCGAAAAUGUCGACCGCCAGAUAGACGUGUCCGCGCCAGGGAACGCGCAGGAUGGUGUAGGUCACGGGGCGAUCAACGGAGAAGGUGGGGCGCAGGAGAUAGUCAUCGGCCAUGACAGUUCCGCAGACGAGGGGCAGCAUUGGUAUCAGGAAGGCGACAACCACGAGCUGAAGCGCGUCAAAGUCUGUCUUUCCUUCUUCUUCUUCUUCUUCUCCUCGCCACUUGCCUCGUGCUGCCUAUACGGUCGAUGCCAAAUCGACGUGUACGAACUCAUCAACGCAAGAUGGAUCGACCAAGGAACUGCAUUCUGUUUCGGACAUUAUGACGAGAACACCGGCGAUGCGCUUCUUGUUGCACGGGCUGAGGCAAGCUACAGCGAAGUCAUCUUGCAGACGGCUAUUCGUUCCAGUGACGUCUAUCAACGGCAGCAAGAUACAUUAAUUGUGUGGACAGAACCCGAUGGCCAGGACUACGCGCUUAGUUUCCAGGAUCCAGAAGGUUGUCAGGAAGUUUGGAGUUUCAUUCUUGAGGUGCAACGCAUCCAUAGCACAUCUGCUGAAUCCUCCUCGCCUUUUGCUGGACCCGACUCCGGAUCCAUCACUACCGGCAGUAUUAUUCGAUCCGGUCACCUACCUUCGCCAGCUCUCGGCAUCAUCCUUGAGAUAGACAAGGCGAUUAAGGCCCUGUCCCGAACGACCGUCAUCAGAGAGAAGAUUUGCGAGUACAUUCAAAGAGCGGAUUACCUCAAAUCAAUGAUCGAUGUGAUGAGCCAGGCGGAGGACCUAGAGAGCCUUGACAAUCUCCACGCUCUAUGCACUCUAAUGCAGACAAUUCUCACCAUGAAUGAUCACGCCAUGUACGAACACAUCCUCGAGGAUGAUAUCUUCUUCGGUGUUGUCGGAAUGCUGGAAUAUGAUCCCGAGUUCCCAACUCACAAGGCUAACUACCGUGAAUUCCUACGUCAAACGACACACUUCCACGAGCCUGUUCCCAUCAGCGAUCCCAUCAUAUCAAAGAAGAUUCACCAUACAUACCGCCUCCAAUUUUUGAAGGAUGUUGCGCUCGCCCGUAUACUUGACGACUCGACCUUCAAUGUGCUCAACUCGUGCAUCAUCUUCAACCAGAUCGAUAUCAUUGCCCACUUUCAGGGCGACCCUAGGUUGCUAAGGGAUAUCGUAUCACUGUUCACAGCGCCGGAGGAUGUGGCCUUUAAAAAGGAGAAGGAUUCGAUGAAGAUGGACGUGGAUGAACCGAGCAGUCCAAGGGUGGGUGGACAGAGUCCCAAACCAGUAGCAAAUGGAGCUACUCCUAAUGGGUCGGCGGGCGACGAUGUAUCACUGGCGCAGCGGCGGCGUGAGGUCGUUCUCCUCGUCCAACAAUUAUGUAUUAUGGGUAAGAACGUUCAACUUCCCGCCCGGAUGUCGCUGUUCAAGUGCCUCGUCGAUCGCGGUAUCAUUCACGCUGUUCAGUGGGCCCUCGCGCAACCGGAGACUACUGAACAGGGGAAGCGGAUGAUUUCAGUGGCAGGCGAAGUCCUCAUUACCCUGUUGGACCAUGAUGUGAAUGGUGUGCGAGAGCAUAUCGUGAGACAGAAUGAAGAAGUUGGGGCGGGGUCGAAGGGGGAGUCGUUGCUCAACUUGCUGUGUGUGAUGAUGGUGAGAAGUAAAGAUCUGGCGGUGCAGACUUUGGUCGGCGAUGCUUUGAGAAUGGUCCUGGAGAUGCCCACACCGGACAGUAAUGAUCCUGUGCAGAUGCCGACGAAGCUGUUCUCAAGACUCAAAGACGAGGCCAAGAUCGAGAAGUUCUUGGAUAACUUCUACCAGACUUCUUCUAUCGACACACUCCUUAAACCUAUUCUCGAUAUACCUGAACCCAACCACUGUACUGAAUCCGAUCUCGUCUUUACCCGGGAACGCACGAACCUUUAUCUAUCUUUAUGCGACUUGCUAUCCACUUUCGCUUUGCAACAUUCAUACCGAAGUCACUUCACGAUGAUCAAGCACUCCGUCUCCCUCCACCUCAUCACCUUGCUCCACUGCAAAGAUAAGCACUUACGCCUCGCCGCGUUGCGCUACUUCAGAGUACAUCUCAAACGACGGAAUAAGCACUUCAAUGGGCAUCUCAUUAAACUCGGCGUGUUCAAGGCAUUGCUGGAUCUCACACUGGAAGAAUCACACCGUGAUACGCUCAUCAACUCAUGUUGUCUUGAGCUCUUCGAUACCAUCCGCGCAAGUCACACCCACGAAGCUUACAGAGACAUUUUCACUCACUUGAUGACCACUCACGAGGGUCUUGUCCGACAACUUUCGGAGACGAAGUUCGCGGGGCCUGCGUUUGCUGGUCUGAUCAGCAGAUGGGAGAUGGCCGCUGAUACCUCCCAUAAGGAAGAUCAGAAAUCUCUCGAUCUCUCGUCGUUCUCAAAUACAUUCGACAUCCGACGCGUCGAGGAAGAGUCGGAAGACAGCUACUUCAAUGGCGACGACGACGACGACGAAGACGAUAUCGAUUCCCCACCUCCACCACUCCCCCUCACCCUGCCCAACUUGCCCAACCUCUCACCACGGCAACACAAACCGAAACCCCAAACACGGAACUGGCCAAAACGCGCUAUCGGACAACAAAAACGCCCUAUCACACCCAGUCCACGGGGACUCCAGAUCCCUCGCUCGCCUUCCAUCGACAUGCUUAUGGAGUACGGGGAUGAGGACGAGGAUUUGAGUCCCGUUGGCACGAUUGCGAGCGUGAAUCAUGAGGAGGACAAGAACAAGGAUCGGGAGGCGUUCGUUCCGAGCCCGACACCUUCACCAGAUUUGAGACCGGUCGCGAGUGGUGAUAAGGAGGCCCCGCCAGCGACGCCGCGCAUCUCUCAUCGUCACCUAUCCACGAAGAGGUCAAGAGACGACCUCGAGAGAAGUGCAGCAGAUGCCGGAACAGACGGAGAUUCUGAGGAGGACGUAGGAAUGAUUGGACCCAUGCCACUAUCACCUUCGGAAGAAAAGUCGAGUGGGUUCACACCCUUGAGACCAGAAAAGAGGAGAAGGCAGGAUGAUGAGGACGAGGACGACAUGAUAUUGGAGAGGUUGGCGACGCGGGGGAAGAGAUCGUCGGUUGGCGGUGGCGAGAGCCCCAAUCCUGGACGCCAAAGCCCUGGCAAGGGUGGCGGCAAGGACGAGGGCACUGUGGCAGCUGGUGGAGCUGCAUUAGUGAAGGCAGCGGGAGGAGGUGGAGACGACAGCCCAGGACAAGGUGGUGGUCCCAAGAAGAUCAAGUUGAAGUUUGGGUCCGCAGGGAUGGCUGUGGCGUCAUCUUCACCUUCGCCUGCGCCGGAAUCGCGUUCAGAACCUGGCACGAAAGACGGUGAUACUGGCUGAGGGUGUCGAAUUCACGGUGUGUUGGUAGAUUCGGACCGUAGUUGCGUGCUGCGUGGUUGUUUUGUUCACUACCUUCGUUUUGCCAUUCUUUGCUCCUCAUACGUCCAUGUUAUUCGAUUCUCUCGCUUGUUGUUUUCUUCAACGUUUGUUCUCCUUCCACCUUUUGUCGCAAAUUUCACGAUGUGUGAGUGCUGUACUUAUAUACGUCUAUGCGUAUGCCAUGCAGCAAACUAUGAGAAUAUGCUCGAUGAAACAUACUGUUGGGGUGGUUCUUAUCGCGCAAUGGCAAUCGAGAAACGGUAUGUCGAGUGGGUACAAAAGCCGUUAAAUAUAAAUGCAUUUAUGAUCCACAAUGUCCAGCGACAUGCAAGUCCUGUCGAACGAAACAUGUACAUCCACACCUCAAGCAAAAAGAAAGCACGUAGUAGAAUGACUAUAGUACAACUCCGACCCUUCCACGAUAACAACUACUCAUCGAAGACCUCGCGAACGCAGCUCACAGAUGAUCUCAUACAACAACACGACCACGCAGUGCCCUAGGAAAAGUACAAUCCAGCCACCGAUGAGACAUCUGCAAAUCGAAGGCAGGGGGGAGGGCAGGAGCAAGGGCUAUCACUACAGACGGGCGUCACAGAUUCGUAAAACAAGGGGCCAGGAUGUUGCCGUCUAGGCAGUGAUAUACCAGGCAAAGUUGCGUUGCAGUAUGGGAAUCGUCGGGAUUACCAGUAGAUGUGACGCUCGACGGUGCGCUGCUUGGGACGGGUAUAGACUGUGCGCUUCACACGGGUGACGGUAGGGUACCAGGCAUGGUAAAUCUCGUUGGGCUCAAACUGGACUUCGACUAUCUGGCGACCAGCGUAGUCGAUGUGCGAUCCGACAACGAGGCCUUCUUUCCGCCCGUAGGCACCGUGAUUGACGGCGACGAUAUCACCGGGAAUGAUGUCCUCCGAUGCAGCUACUGGUGGGCCUGGGGCGACAACGGCCUGCUGAUAGGUGGUGAGGUGAGACAUUGAGGUCGCUUGAAGUGAGUAGUGGAGGAGAAGGAGAAUAAAUGAAGAAAAGGCUUGAGGUGCUUGAGGGAGGGGAGUCUUGAGGAGGACGGCGGGGUCGAUGAGCUGGAGAUAAUCAGUGAAG